AUGGCGUCCGCCGCGCGUGCUCUGGGGGCGCUCCUCCACAGGACCUCGUCUCUGUUCUCCUCCGCUUCCGCUCUCCGGGGAGCCUCGCUCCUCCGCGGGGAUCGACCUAUUGGCAGCGCCGGCCUGUUCCAGAGGCAUGCGGCGAGGCGGCGGAUUUCGUCGUUCCAGCCGCUCUGCAUGGGACGACGCUCCUGCAAAAUCGCUGGAAGGAAGGAUGCCCAGAAUUUGAAGAAGAUGAAGCGCAACAGCAAAAUUGGAAAAGAAAUUGUUGCCGCCAUCAAGAAGUGUGGCCCAAACCCUUCAUCCAACACAACUUUAGCAGCUAUACUAGAGAAAGCAAGGGAACUUGAUGUCCCUAAAGAAAUUUUAGAGCGCAACAUCAAAAGGGCAUCAGAAAAGGGACAAGAUACUUACACAGAAAAGGUUUAUGAGGUCUAUGGUUUUGGUGGAGUAGGUAUGGUCGUUGAAGUUCUAACUGACAAAAUUACAAGAUCAGUUGCUGACAUUAGAAAUGUGGUAAAAGAUUGCGGAGCAAAAUUGGCUGAUCCUGGAUCUGUUACCUUUAGAUUCAGACAAGCUCGAGUGGUGAACAUAAAAGUUACUGAUGCAGAUAAGAACCAACUGCUCAACAUUGCGCUAGAUGCUGGUGCUGAUGACGUCCUUGAACCAAAUUUUGAUGAUGACGUCUCUGAAGAAGAAGCAGAAAGGUUCUACAAGAUAGUUACUACAUCAGAAAACUAUCCAGUUGUGCUAUCGAAGCUACAAGAAGAAGGAUUGAAGUUUGAAACUGAUAAUGGCUACGAACUUCUUCCUCUGAACCCAAUUGAGGUGGACGACGAGGCCAUGGAACUAAACAAGGAACUUGUUUCAAAAUUGCUAGAGCUUGAUGACGUUGACGCCGUCUAUACAGACCAAAAAUGA